GCGGAGAGCAGGAAGACUCAGCGGGACAUACACAGCCUGACUGGGACUGCGUAUGCGAGCCAUUCUAUUAAGGAGAACCGCCUAAGGAGGUUAGGGCCUGACUUUGUUUUAUGACAGAGCGACACGAUUACCCCUCUGCUCACGCUCACCUCCUAGCAUGUCAAAGUAGACAGACUGAUGGGCCAAGCUCCACAUGAUGCGGAGCUAGCAUACUAGCUCGCACAUAGAUCAACUUGCUAUACUGAUCACUGAGAACCUUCGGCCUAGGAGGUGAAGUGAAGGGGUGAGUAUAUCCAUGCUCAUAAAAGGGAUGGGUUGGGAAUAGAUUCUGCCGAUGGAUCGAUGCGUCUGGCAUCGGUGUGGAUACAUAAGCAUGCAGUGGAGCAUGCAAAACUAGCACAAGAGGAAGCAGGCUACAGAUCUUUUAAGUUCUAUUCUUUGCGAGUAAGAUAACUCCAUUGAUUUAUUUGCCGAUAGGUCGGGCGUCUCUUGAAUCUAUCAAUCUAUCAAAUCAAAGUACUAGCGGCUAUGCCUCUACCUUGGAGCUAUAGUUACACACUGGUAGAUCGAAAGACAGAGGGAGCGCACCUAGUUAAAGGCUUUUCUAUUUAUAGAUUGCUGUUCAUCGUGUCUCUGUUGCUACAAUCGAUCUCACCGCGACACCGUCAACAAUUCGAAUGAAUUUAAUUGAGUCAGGUAAUUUACCGUAAAGGUAAUGUUACGAGUGGAAUCAAACAAUUUGAGAACUCAGCUCAGUUUUCCCUAUGAUUGAUUCUAGGUAAGUUGGAGCGCUUUUCCUACUCAUGAAAGGACAGGCUUCUCUAUGAUUCAUUGAUUCACCCCGCCGUCUAUGCUUCCGCGUGGCCCUGCAACCCCCUUCCUUCUAAGAGAGACAAGAGCAUGAGACGACCGGCCCCGUAUGCAGAAAGCAC